AUGAGCGAAGACUCAAUAAAUAAGGGAUGGAAAUUAGACCAAUGGGUCAAGAAGGACCAAUAUUUAUGGGGGUUCCCAUACCCGGAGGCCCCAGGAGGGCAAUGUACGUCCAGCAGGAAAUAUUGUUAUCCGCAUCUCACAAAAAACGGCACUCCAAGAUGGGGGGAUUUGGACAACUGGAUCAAGACAAAAAUGUUUGAGAGUGCAAACUAUACAUGGGGAACCAAUAUUAAUCCAAAAGUAUGGACAGGAAUCGGGGGCUCGAAGGGACAGGACAGGCUCACGUGGGGGGAUAUCGUUAAUAAAGUUUUAAUUGAAAUAGAGGGGCAGAGCACGAGUCAGUCAAAUAACCCCCGAGGUUCCAUAACGUGGGAUAGGGAGGAAUGGGCAAGCGCCUUAGGGGCAGAACAAGCUAAGGAGAAGGCCAUGGAUAAAUUUGAGGAGGGCAAGAGGAUGUUAUUAGUGAUAAUGUGUAUAAUAACAGGUUUGAUUGAAGGAAAGGAAAGGAACAACCAAAUUUUUAACAGAAGAGGAAGAGUGUGUAGUUUAAUAGAUACUGGUCUGGAGUUUAAAAAAAGCCACUGGGACCAAUGGACAGAAAAUAAAGAAAAUAUAAGAGGAACCAAGGAACAUCCAUGUUCGAAGACGCAUGGGACUGACGGAUGUCAGUUGGCGGGGCUAGCUUUAAUCUUGAGUGUGUACAAGGCAAUGGCAAAGAUAUGCAAAGAUUGUGGACCAUAUAGACUGACUUAUUGGAUAAGGGCAGAUGAAGAGGAGCAUGAGGACAAUAGGAUAGAGUUUUGUUCUAAAAUUGAAGAUACGACUAGUUGUGACAACUCACAAGCGGAGCCAAAAGGGGCCGGAGUGAUAAUAAUAAGGCACAAAAAAAUGGAAGCAGUAACAAGACAGGCAGUAUUUAAAAGCAGCGUCUUACUGUAUGAAGCAAUGAAGGCAAACUCAAAUAUAGACGUGGGGGCUGGAGAUUUAGUACAGGUUCCAGGACGCCAGAAUAAUAGUGUAGAAACUUCGGACGCAAGUGGAGAUGAUGAUCAUUCCCCCGUGACAACAGCAGAGUCUAACUUGACCAGCAAAUGCUGUGACUCCACAAUGAUAAGUAAUCAGGACAGCCUAGUCCAGGAGGAUGAGGUGAGCAAAGUGGUGACCAAAAGUGAGUCGGACGUUCAGCCGAACAUUGCAGAAUCCUUAAGUAACCAUAAGGCAGAUGACAGCACAGACGACAGUCAAGGGGCGUGGGACGAUUCCCCACCCCGGGGUGGUGUUGGACAGGAUGAAGAAAAAGGGCCAAAGGAGUCAGGGAGUGGGAUGAGUAACGAGGGAGUGAUUUGGGGCCUUGGGUGGGGCUGGGGAUUAAUCAUAGGUUUGGCAGGUGUCCUAUGCUUAGCAGUUGGGAGUGGUUAUGGUUUAUGGAGAGUCUUUAGCCGUGGUAGGGGGAGGCGAAAAUCCCAAUUGCCAAGUGGACGGGGCGAUACCUAUGGCGUGGCCUAUGGAUGA